AUGCGUCUGCUUUUUGCUGCUUCUGCGGCGCUUGCUCUCGCGCAAGCUUCGCCCGCCGGCAAACAUCACGCUCCUAAAAACGAGGGCAAGCUGCGCUAUUUGACAGACAUCAAUGUCAUUUCAAAAUACUGGGGAGAAAUCUCACCAUACUCUGACAACGCCGAGGAUCUUUUUGGCGUCGAGGACGUUGGCCUCCCUGAUGGAUGCCAGAUUGAGCAAGUCCACACUUUCCAGCGCCAUGCCAACCGUUUCCCGACGAGCGCUUGGGCGGACGGCGAAAACAAUGACCGCUUCGCAGACAAGGUCCUCAACUUCACCACCAGUGCUAACUCUUCGACGCCUUUCCGAGGCCCGCUUGCCUUCCUCAACAACUACGAAUACCUGCUGGGCGAGAGCUUGCUUACCGGCGUUGGCGCCUUGACUGAAUUUCAGUCUGGUGUGAACUUCUGGAACCGCUAUGGUCGAAUCCUAUACAAUGCCACUGCAGGUCAGCUUGCAUACAACGCAAGCUUUUCGAAUGGCACUGCUCGGCCAAAGCCCGUUCUGCGCACUACUAGCCAGUCGCGUAUCCAGAACAGUCAGAUCAAUUGGGCAUUGGGUUUCUUCGGAGACAGCUUCCAGGCUGUGCCCGACCCGACGUUCGCAAAUGCCACUGAUGCAUUUGACGUCGUGAUCAUCCCGGAGGGUGGUACUGAGAACAGCACGCUCGCCGCAUACGACCCGUGCUUCAACGACUGGGAGUACGAAAUUGGCUACCUCGGUGACUACGACAUGUACGAGUAUAUCCCCAAAUAUCUUGGCCCUGCCACCGCGCGCCUGCAGCAGCACGCACCUAAGGGCUUCACCUUUACGACCAACGACACCUACGCCAUGCAGAACAUUUGCGCGUACGAGCACAACUAUAUCGGCAUGUCCGAUUUCUGCUCCUUCUUCACCGAGGAUGAGUGGACCGGCUACGAAAACACUCUCGAUAUCCAGUACUACUACGAUUAUGCAUGGGGCAAUCCUACUGCUCGUGCUCAGGGUAUCGGUUAUGUCCAGGAACUCAUCGCGCGCUUGACGGAUCAGUACAUAACCGUGUCCAAUUCAUCCGUCAACUCGACGCUCGAUGACAACGAUACGACGUUCCCCUUGAACCAGCCUUUCUACGCCGACAUUUCCCACGACGACAUUAUUCUUUCUAUCUUGACUGCCAUGUCGCUCGACUACUUCAAGGACCCGCCCAGUCUGACGCAGUACCCUCCCGACCCUCAUCGUCGGUUCAUCUUGUCCCAGCUUACACCGUUUGGCGCCCGCCUUAUCACCGAGGUUAUUGGCUGCGGCAGCACCGAUCCCGAGCCUGUCUCAUACCCCCGUGUGCAGUACACUCCGACACAGUACGGCUAUAACCCGGCCAAUGCUACGAACAAGUUUAUCCGUAUGCGUCUGAACAACGGCAUCUUGCCGUUGAACACUCUCCGUGGUGGCCAGUGCGGCAAUGCUACCGCGGGUACUGGCCGUACAGAUGGUCUCUGCGCAUUGGACCAGUUCCUUGCCACGCAACAGGACUCGUACAAGUUGGCAAAUUAUGAUUAUGCUUGCUUUGGCAACUACACAUUAAGCAACAUUACGUCUGGCCAUGACUACGAUGGUACCAUUUACCAAAAAUAG